UAUCAUUCAUGGGGCUUUGCUCAAAAAUGAGGCGGAUUCACAAUGAUCCAAAAGUUGGAAGCUAGCAAUUCCAUGAGCUCUCCUGAUGGACUAUUGAAAACAUACUGGGGGCGCGCGAGUAGUGGGAUGUCAGGCCAGAAGAAGGGGGUGUGGACAAUGAGUUCUUCCUAUCACAAUCAAAACAUCGCCUUGACAUGGUUCAUGCUUGCCAAAGGGCUGGAGACAGCAAAGAACAUCAAAUGGAGUACCCGACCGUGCCAUGGAAGCUCUCGGGUCUUUGUUUCAAGGACACAAAAUUUCGAAAAACAAACACUUUCGAAACAGAACCUAACAUGGAACAUGGAAGCUCUCGGGUCUUUGUUUCAAUGAUACAAAAUUUCGAAAACAGACACUUUCGAAACAGAACCUGGCAUCGAGCAUGGAAGCUCUCGGGUCUUUGUUUCAAUGACACAGAAUUUCGAAAACAGACACUUUCGAAACAAGAUCUUGCCAUGUUCCCGCUCCUACCGACUGCAAAUGACGCCGGGCAAGCCUGUAUGGUCGAACCAGAUUGGAGUUCUAAUAUUCAAGACAAGCCCGUGAUCGCUACAAUGAGCUUGUCUGCUCCCAUUAUGGGGAGUAACCCAAUUGUAUGUGACUGCCUUGGCGCAGGUGCUAAUGUGGAGCUCUCGAGUGCCUGUUAUGGCUAUGAUCUCUCUGUUGCGGAAUUUUCCCAUAUGAGAAACACAACUAUUGGUUUUCUAUUGCAAAAAUUUACUGGCACCACUUCCAUGAAAACCCUGGAUCUCAGGCUUGAAAAGAUGUCAUACUCGGCUGCGCCUACAAAUGUUUCUCUAUGCGUACACAACAUGCCCAAUGAGCCAAAAAAAAAUGCUCCUGCCAACAAAUUUCAAAUCUCAUGCCUCGGACUCAUUACAAAUUUUCUUUUUCUUUUACACUCAUUCGUGUAAAAAAACACAUCUGAUGGGAGCAUGGUGGCCCUUACACUUGGA